AAAUUUGUAUAGAAAAUACACGUCAUUGUUUCGUGUAUUAUUUGUCUAAUAAUUGUAUCAAUUAGAAUAAAAUACAAUAUACAUAUUUGAAAUUUUAGUAGCGUAUAAAAGAUUUUAGGAAAAUUAUAAAUUAAAUAUGUUUAUAAAACAUUUGUGUUUAGUUUAUUUGUUAGUUUUAUUUCUUCAAAUCUGUUCCUGUGGAAGAGAUUUUUAUUCGAUAUUAAAUGUUAGAAAAUCAGCAUCGACAAAUGAAAUAAAAAAAGCAUAUAGAAAACUAGCCAAAGAAUUGCAUCCUGAUAAAAAUAAAGAUGAUCCAGAGGCUGAUACAAAAUUUCAAGAUUUAGGUGCCGCAUACGAAGUUUUAUCUGACCCUGACAAACGUAAAACGUACGACAGAUGUGGUGAAGAAUGUUUAAAAAAAGAAGGCAUGAUGGACAACUCUGAUCCUUUUGCUAGCUUUUUCGGUGAUUUUGGAUUUCAUUUCGGUGGCCAUGACAGCCAGAAUCAUGAAACACCUAGAGGUGCAAAUAUUGUAAUGAAACUACCGGUAACAUUAGAAGAGUUAUACACUGGAAAUUUUGUAGAGGUAGCACACAAUAAACCAGUAAUGAAACCAGCUUCCGGGACACGAAAAUGUAAUUGUCGCCAAGAAAUGGUUACGCGGAACCUUGGUCCAGGAAGAUUUCAGAUGAUACAACAAACAGUCUGUGAUGAAUGUCCCAACGUUAAAUUAGUCAAUGAAGAACGUAUACUUGAAAUUGAAAUUGAAUCUGGAAUGGUAGAUGGUCAACAAACACGUUUUGUUGCUGAGGGUGAGCCACAUUUAGAUGGAGAACCAGGAGAUUUAAUAAUAGAAGUGAAACAAAUGCCACAUUCUGUAUUUGAAAGAAGGGGCGAUGAUUUAUACACGAAUGUAACAAUCAGUCUGCAGGAAGCACUUGUUGGCUUUUCAAUGGAAAUAAAUCAUCUUGACGGUCAUAAAGUUUCAAUCGUAAGAGAUAAAAUAACAUGGCCCGGUGCUCGAAUUAAGAAAAAAGGCGAAGGCAUGCCUAAUUUUGAUAAUAAUAAUUUACAAGGCACAUUAUAUAUUACAUUUGAUGUUGAAUUUCCAAAGAAAGAACUUUCGGAAGAAGAAAAACUAGCUAUAAAACGAGUUUUAGAACAGGAAUCAGUUCUUAAAGUAUAUAAUGGACUUAAUCAAAAUAACAUAAAUUAAUAAAUAAAAUAAAUACGAAAUUAGUAAAU